GCGUUCUUGGCAGCCCCCGGGGCAAGAGGCCUGUCAAGCUUCAUGGAGGUCGGCAGUGGCAUUUCCAGAGCAGUAAUGUCCCCUUGACUCUCCUGCUUCCUUCCCUAGGCUGGCAUUCCGGGAGAAAGGAAGAUGUCAUUGAAACCAUUUACCUGUCGGUUGCCUGAAACAAGGUUUCUUCAUGCAGGCAGGCUUGUGUACAAAUUUAAAAUCCGUUAUGGCAACUUCAACAGCGCUCUGGAUCUCGACACCACUGAAAGUGCUGUCAAGGAGUUAGAGGAAGCGAUUCGAGUAAUCCUUGGAAAUCUUGAUGAUUUACGUCCAUUUUCUACAGACCACUUCACUAUCUUUCCAUAUUUGAGUAAAUGGGAGAGAGUAUCGAAGAUGAGAUUCAAACAUGAGAAUGUCCACCUUGUGCCUUAUCCCUACAUUUGCACUAUGUAUCUAGAACUCAACUCAUUUCAGCAAAGCGUAUCUUGUGGUAAAGAAGUAAACAAGGGCAGUGAUGAGCUUGUCAAGAGAAGAAAUGAAGUGUCAGAAAGUGCUGCAGUGGAAGAAACGGUGAAGAGGAUAAGAGUGGAAGUCGGAGCAGAGGCCUCACGCUCACAGUCGGGUAUGGACAGAACUGGAGCCGAGUGUGUUCGCCAUACAAGUAAAGCAGAGCAUGGAUUUGAAAUGAAUUCCUCCAAAGAAAAUGAGCGUGAGUUUAGUCCAGCAUCCCUUACUGUGGGCGGUAACCAAAUGAGUUUGUGGGGGCAUGUGGGAUCUAACCUUGAACAAAGAACAGGAACCGGUCAGGCUGAGGGUGCGGUGCAGCUACUGCAGCAAAUGGACCAAAUGAUAAACAAAGGAAACGUGGAGUCAGGAGGAAGAGGUCUCUCCAGGUUCUGGAGAAGGUGCAACAUUCCCAGGAAAUGUUCCUCUUCUGAGCUGUUUUUGGGGAAAAAACUCCUCACGGGAGGGUUACUGACCUCAGUCACAGCCCUCACAGGAUGUGGCUUUUAUCAGCUGAAGAGUGCCAUCUCCAGCCCGAUUUUUAAAGGACUUAAACGGUCCCCCUUCUCACAGGGCCUUCCUGGGAGGGACCUUCAGUCCCGUUAAGGUAAGUAUGGCCUUUAUUUGGCCGCUUAGCAACUGUGGCCUUUGUAACUUUGACUCCCAAAGACACCAUUUUAAACAUGAAAGUAACCAUGCCAACAGUUGCUGGGCAUUGCUGACUAAACGAGUGCUCUAAAGCUGUUGAAGCUGUAUGCCGCAAGAGUGGUCUGUUCACUGCACAGCACGUGUUGAACAUAGGCAGUAACUGUUUCUUUGAUAGGUGGGUUGGUUUUGGAAGCAAUGAAACUCCUUGUUAAUCAUAAUGUGUGCUAGUCUCCUUAACUAUUGAGACUAGACCGUUACGGCACAGGUUGUUCUUUGUUUCCUCUACUUUUUCAGUCUUCCUCUAUUAUUUUGUGCUGGGCUUGUGUCUUUCUGGUGGACAGAAAUUACCUUGUUGUUACAAUUCUCAGAGAAGUACUUUAAGUAUAAUGUGGGCGUUUUUGUUGUUGUUGUUUCCUCAGCAUAAUCUUCUCGCCACUACAGCAUCUCUUUGGUGGGAAGAACUGACCUGGAAGUACUAAUGGUUGUGGAAAGGUAAACUUGUAGCAUG